AUGACUUCGCCCGCUUCUCUUGCUCGCAAUGAGUCGCAGGCCUCCAGUCGUCGUAGUACAAGUCUCGGCUCGCGUCUCUUUCGCUCAAAAAGUGGUGAAGCCCUGGGCGACCGCAAAGGUUCAUCAAGUCGUCUCAAGAAGAAACACGGCGAUAUGGAGGAACAGGCAAAGGUCACCCAGUCCCCUCCGCGACUACCUGGCUACACCCCACAGCCCUUGGGCAUCCAGACAUUCGGUGGUGAGAAUUCUCAUCGAGAGUACACAAACGGUGCCAGGAAUGCUCCACCAGUUCCUCCUCUACCGAGUCACCUGGAAAAAGAUGCCGUUGAUCCAUAUGCAAGGACUGAGAGCAUGACCCAUCGUGGUCGAUACUCCUACGCAACCUCGAUUGUCUCCACCAUUAACUCUCCUCGAAGAGUUCGUCGUCGGAAAGAUCCCACUCCGUACAACAUUCUCAUCAUUGGUGCCCGGAACUCCGGCAAGACCUCCUUCCUCAACUUCCUGAAGCGAUCUCUCGCACUCCCUCCGAGAAAGCAGCCGGGAAAAGCACCUGAGAUCGAUUCCCCACCCCCCUCCGCGCGCAUCAACCCGAACUAUACCCAUCACUAUCAGGAGUUCGAAGUCGACCACGAGCGAAUAGGAUUGACUCUUUGGGACUCACAGGGCCUGGACAAAGGGGUGGUUGAUCUUCAAUUGCGCGACAUGUCCAAUUUCGUUGAAAGCAAGUUUGACGACACCUUCGUUGAGGAGAUGAAGGUCGUCCGCUCUCCAGGGGUCGUGGAUUCGCAUAUCCAUUGCGUCUUCCUUAUUCUCGAUCCUUCGAGACUUGACGAGAACAUCAAUUUGGCCGAGGCCCAGAACACUUCCUCAGAAGGAGGCCGCAUUUCCAAACCCACUCGUAUUGUUGGAGCACUCGACGAGGAUUUCGACAUCCAGAUUCUGAAGACUCUCUCCAAACAGACCACUGUCAUACCCGUCAUAAGCAAGGCUGACACAAUUACGACUGCACACAUGGCUUUCUUGAAACAGAAGGUUAGCAAGAGCUUGAAGAAGGCCGGACUGGAUCCUUUGGAGGCUCUCAAUUUCGCAGUUGAUGAUUCCGACGAUGGCGGAUUCGAUGAGCGUCAAGAAGAUGAGCUCAGCAGCAACGCCGACACCGGAAGCGAGGCGGGCUCAAAGAGCGAGGGUUCUGACGCCGGUCCACCCAAAUCCAAUGGCAAGCGUCACAGUCACCGUCGCCAACAGUCGAACUUGUCUGUGACAGACACCAGUUUUCCAAGUGGGUUUGAGCCUUGGUCCAUCAUCAGUCCGGACAAGUAUUCCCUCGAGUCCAAGGAUGGUCCAGUGGGCAGACAAUUUCCUUGGGGUUUCGCUGAUCCCCACAGUCCCGAACAUUGUGAUUUCGUCAAGGUCAAAGAGGCUGUCUUUGGUGAAUGGAGAUCAGAAUUGCGUGAGGCUUGUCGUGAAGUAUUUUACGAACGUUGGCGAACAAACCGACUCAAUAGACGUGGGGUUCCACAGUCAAAUGGUGGUGGUCUACCCUCUGGACCAAGGAAGCAAAACAGUAUACCGAUCUCACUUCCAAAUCGAGCUCGGUGA